AUGGGCUUUGAAACCCUGUCUUAUGGCUAUCAGGGUUGCUUUCAGAAAAGGGACUCUGGAGAGGGCUAUGGAGGGCAGAUUGUACAGGAUAAAGUCCUCCAAUACAGUGACCCGUCUCUCGUCUUCUUCUUUUUCCUGUGUUUUGUCAUGGCUUCCAUGACCUUCGGCUUUCUGAUUACCACAUUCUUCGAUAAAACUACAUUGGCUGUUUCCAUUGGAGUUUUCCUCUAUUUUCUCACCUUCUUUCCAUAUGAUAUAGUCAUCACCGUGUAUAGCAGAUUGAGCCUCAUGGAGAAGCUGGCUUCCUGUCUCUUUUCAAACAUUGCAGUAGCGUUGGGGAUUGAGUUUUUAAGCAAGAUGGAAAUGAAGAAGUAUGGUGUUAAGUGGAGUAACUUACUGUCAUCAGUGAGCCCAGAUGAUAACUUGACUUUUGCCCAUAUUCUGGGAGUACUUUUAUUUGAUGCUUUCUUGUAUGGCCUUCUGACCUGGUAUAUAGAUGCCGUCUUUCCAGGAAAGUAUGGUGUGCCCAAACCAUGGUAUUUCUUUUUGCAGAAGGCCUACUGGUUUGGACAAUCUAAAAGCAUUAGGAAAAAAGAUGAUAUCGAAGUUACUAAUGUAUUUAAAAGUCAUUAUUUUGAAGAUGAACCUGUUGAUUUGGUGGCUGGUAUAAGGAUCCAACAUUUGUACAAGGAAUUCACAUUACAAAAUAUGACCACAGUAGCAGUUCAAGACUUGUCUUUGAAUAUGUAUGAGGGGCAAAUCACUGUUCUCCUAGGACAUAAUGGGGCAGGAAAGACUACCACCUUAUCUAUUCUCACAGGUUUCUAUCGUCCUACCAGCGGAAAGGUAUAUAUUAAUGACUACGAUGUCUCAAAAGACAUGCUUCAAGUCAGAAAAAGCUUGGGCUUGUGCCCCCAGGAUGACAUAUUGUUUCCAGACUUGACAGUAUCAGAACAUCUCUAUUUCUACUGCAUGAUAAAAGGAGUACCUCCAGAGAUUCGUGUCAAAGAAAUUGACACUAUGCUGGCUGCUUUUGGCCUGCUAGAAAAGCGUCAUGCCUUUUCACAGUCACUGAGUGGAGGAAUGAAGCGCAAACUGUCCAUCAUUAUAGCACUUGUAGGAGGCUCCAAGGUGGUGAUACUUGAUGAGCCAACAUCUGGCAUGGACUCAGUCUCAAGGAGAUUCACUUGGGAUGUCCUUCAGCAGCAUAAACAGGGUCGUACCAUCCUACUGACAACCCACCACAUGGAUGAAGCUGACAUCCUGGGAGACCGUAUAGCUAUCAUGGUCAAGGGAUCCCUGAAAUGCUGUGGCUCUUCAAUUUUCCUGAAAAGAAUUUAUGGUGUGGGAUAUCACCUGAUUAUGGUAAAGGAACCUCAUUGUAAUGUUAAGGAAAUCUCUCAACUGAUUAAUCAUCAUGUACCAGAAGCCACAUUGGAGAAUAACGUUGCAGCUGAACUAUCAUUUAUCCUACCAAAAGAGCACACGCACAGGUUUAAAGACUUAUUUACUGAUCUGGAAGACAGACGGGAAGAGCUGGGCAUUGCUAGCUUUGGUAUCUCUAUUACUACUAUGGAAGAAGUUUUCUUCAGUUAAAGCAAUCUUAGUGACUGGUCAAUAAACACAGAUACAACGGCUUUCCAGACCCUAAACGACGAAGAUGAAAGUGAAGACAUGGACCAGAAUAUGAACAUACCCAGAAAUUUUGAGAGAUCAUAUUCUCCCUCCACCUUGAGUGACCACUCUAAUAUUAACUUUAAUACUGGGUGGGAUCUUCACCGUCAGCAGUUCUUUGCCAUGUUCAUUAAGAGAGCAAUGUUCAGUUGGCGCAACUGGAUUUUGGUGUUAAUGCAGAUACUUGGACUUCUGGGUAUUGUUUAUUUUUUGAUGAGAGAUGGGGGCUCUACAAGAAUCAGGGAAGAACCUGCCAGAGAAAUGGAUUUGGGACAAUAUGGUCAAACCAUUGUUCCCUUCUCAACUUCUGGAAAUUCUGAUUUUACUCUGAAUUUAAUACAAAAUCUUGAGACUAUGUUAAAGGCUAAGAAACAAAAACUUUAUGAAGUGAAAGGUGAUCUGGAGGAGUAUUUGGUGAAUAGUCAAGAAUGCAUUUACUCAUGCAUUAUUGCAUUUUCCAUUGAGGUUAAUGGAGACCAAAAGACAAUUACCUUUUGGUUCAACGAUGAGGCAUACCAUUCAUCAUCAUUAUCUCUAGCAGUAUUAGAUAAUGUUAUUUUUAAGUCACUUUCUGGCCCUGAUGCUUCCAUUACAAUCAUCAACAAACCUCAGCCUACACGUAUUACUACUGGUAAAUCUACUAGAGGAGGAUUGUCAGGAAUGUCUAUAGCUUUAAAUUUGUUUUUUGGAAUGAGUAUUUUCGUCAGUGGCUUUUGUCUCCUGACAGUGACUGAGAGAGUCACUAGGGCAAAGCACAUACAGUUUUUGAGUGGGGUUUAUGCCAUUAACUUCUGGCUCUCUGCUCUGGCAUGGGACUUCUUCAUCUUCUUCAUUUCCUGCUGCUUACUAAUGGUGGUGUUCAUGUGGUGUGGAUUGGAAUUAUUGGUCAAAGAUUACCACUUUCUGGACACAUUCUUCAUCCUCAUGCUGUUUGGUUGGUCUGUCAUUCCCUUCAUGUACCUGAUAAGUUUCCUGUUUGCUAGUCAUACCAGUGCCUACAUCAAGCUCGUCAUAUUUAACUAUUGUGCUGGGAUUUUUGGUGUAAUUGCAGAUCUCUUACUAAGUGAAAGAAAAGACAAGAAAGCUGCUUCUAGAAGCCCCCUGCUUAAUUCAUUGAUGUUGCUACCCAUACAUAAUUUGGGGAUGAGCAUCAGCAAAUAUUAUGAUAUGGAAGAGAGAAAGAAGAUAUGUUCCUCAAAUAAAAAUAUUCCUUACUCUAUAGAGUGUAGUAAAGCAGCUGAGCGUAGUGUAUAUAGUUUGGAAGAAGAUGGAAUUGGAAGAUUUGUAAUUGCAAUGGCCGUCACAGGAUUUCUUUUCCUCUUCUUAAUUUUCCUUUUGGAAACCACCUCAUGGAGAGUAAGAACAUUUGUGCUUCGCUAUAUUUUCUUUCGUACCUACAAGAAAUUUAAUAAGGUAAGAUCAAAAAUUGGCUACUGUCCACAGUUUGAUGCCUUGCUGGAAUACAUGACUGCUCGGGAAAUAUUGGUCAUGUACGCCAGGUUGUGGGGGAUUCCUGAGACCCACAUUAAACCUUAUAUAAAUAACUUACUGCAAUCACUGAAUCUGGAACCCCAUGCGGACAAGUUUAUCUACACUUACAGUGGAGGAAACAAACGUAGACUGAGUACCGCUAUUGCCCUAAUGGGAAAGCCCUCAGUCAUCUUCCUUGAUGAGCCAUCAACUGGUAUGGACCCAGUAGCCCGGCGCCUGCUUUGGAACACAGUGACACAGACGCGUAAAAGUGGCAAAGUCAUUAUCAUAACAUCUCACAGUAUGGAGGAAUGUGACGCGCUUUGUACCAGGCUGGCCAUCAUGGUGCAGGGAAAGCUCAUGUGCCUGGGCAGCCCUCAGCAUCUCAAGAACAAGUUUGGCAACAUUUAUAUCCUGAAAGUCAAGAUCAAGAUUGAUACAGAUGAAGAUAAAUUAGAGGACUUUAAAACUUUUAUUGCAACCGUUUUCCCAGGUAGUGAAUUAAAACAUGAGAAUCAAGGGAUCCUUAACUACUACAUUCCCAGCAAGGACAAUAGCUGGGGAAAGGUGUUUGGCAUUUUGGAGGCAUCUAAAGAGGAAUUCAAUUUAGAAGACUAUUCUGUCAGUCAGAUAACGCUGGAGCAAGUCUUCCUGACCUUUGCUAACCCACAGAACACAGAAGUGCAUGGUUGAAAAAAAGGUGCCUUGAGAUUGACUUGCAGCUAGUGACCCUAUGUCUUCCUUAGACUACUCACUACUACAGCUGGAUACAGAGAGGGGCAUUCCUCUGAGUGUAUAUCUUGGUGUAAACAUAUUUAUGUAAUA